GACCCCGACAUGCAAAGAAAAACUGAACCUUUCCCGCCAGAACUUGUCGUCAAGAUGUUAUCAUUGCUGACUCCUGAGCACUCGAGACAUGAAAUGGCACCAAGUAUGGUUUGUGGGCCAGUUGGUCAAAAGUAGAAGCUCUUUUAUAAGCUCUUUUAUACCAUCAUGUCCUUCGUAAGAAACAUUUUAGGCCAGCGUGCUGUCUUGGUACCAGAUGGAGUUGAAGAUCAUUGGUCUCGUCGAUCGCGGCGAAGGGAAGCCUGGACUUCCUGGUGGUGCUUUCUACGGCGAUAUCAUGCUCUACCAGUACUUUGACGAUUUUAGCCCUGUUAUGGAGCGUGGCAUGGCGAUAAAUGCUUCAGUGGCUGAAAACAGGGCUUGCGGUGGCUUCGCGUUCCCGGCUCGAGAUCAAUUUUUAGUGGCGUCGCUUCCGAGGCAUGAAGCCGGGGCUAAUCUGAUGUUCGAUGUUUGUACUUUCGAUGACUCGGAUAUGCGUCAUUGUGAAUAUUCACGAACUCCUGAUUUGCUUGCGAUCUUCGAUUCCCUGGCUCUCUAUGGAAAGGUGCUCCUGAGGAACUUCGUGUCGUACUCUCCGGCCACGAACGGCAUUUACACUGAGAGGAACGACAAAGUCGCUUUCGAAUUUACUCAUGGCAUCUUGACUCUGAUGUUUUCCGGCGGGCGCGGACGAUUACACUCGAAUGGAGACGUGAGCCAACUUCCGAAGAGCACUUGCUGGUUUCGACGAGAUCAACAGAACAUCAAUACCUUUGCCAACCACUAUCGCUUUCGUCUCCCCUACAGUGGUCGCCUUCUGGACUUCACUCGCGGACUGCACCACGGGUCUGUCUUGGAUGAGAAAAUGGUGCGCGAUCUUGAUCACAAUGCAAACUAUCACGAGGGGUAUCAUUUGGUCUUGAUUUGGUGCUUGAACAUCCAUGGUGCAGUUCAGAUUACGACGACAGAUGAUCAGAAGUGUUCGUUCCCCGACAACAUCGUCACUCGUGACACGAUCGUCCGGGUGUUCGACGCGAUGUCGCCUCCUCCACCGUUUUAGAAAUUGUCUCAUUAUAGCGGGCGAACAUUAGAUAUACUGCCGGAACUUCUUAGAUGGAAUGGCUAUUAGGUAGACACAAGUCUUGGCGGACUUUGUAUCGUAAGAGAAGCUCUUCCCCACCUACCCCGCAUUGCAGAAGCAUGGAUAUUUCGCACCCAUACAUUACUAUCGCUUCGGCCGCAUCGAUUGGAAGGUGCGGACCUCGGAUGCGGCUUAUCGGGUAAUAGAAGAUUAUGCCAAUUUCAUAAUCUUGCUGUCUCUCGCCCUUUGUUAUUGGAGUCAGG